UCCUACUCUGCCUACAUGUAAACAGUGAUCUACAUCAAUCAACGGUGAUGCAUUCAUAUUCAUUUUUACCAAGCUGGCCUAUUGAUACUCAAAACUAGUGCACGCUACGACCAGGGGGUUCGAUCAUUCGUUUAGACAAAGUUUCGUCGUCAACGGAGAAGCUUAGAGUCGAGCAGAGGAGUGAAGUAGGCGUGUCCGUCAUAAUAGUUGUGGCUACGUCUGUUGGCUAUUUGUAAUUGAGCUCGACGUAAGUUCUUUAUAGUAGUCGCCAAGUGAAACACGGAGCUCGAAAUACACCCCUUACAGUCACUAGAUGUUUUAUUUGUUAUUAUGAAGAAAAUUCAUUCCUUUUCAUUUUGAUUCUUUUUUUGGAAUUAAAUUGUAUAACGCGUUUUUGUUGAAACAAUUCGUUCCCGUCUUUGCCAUCGUCCAUAUACUGCAGAGGGAAAUACGGAUUGAUUGAAUCUUCAAGGAGGUCAACCCCAUCUUUAGCUGAAAAUGGUUCUUGUAGAGAAUGCUCUACAUCCUGUGGAUUAUGCCGUGAUCGUCGUCCAUUUCCUAGUCGUGCUCGCUCUAGGUAUCUGGUCGGCAUGGAAGUCGAAUCGCAGUACGACCAGCGGGUACUUCCUUGCAGGUCGAGACAUGGCAUGGUGGUUGGUUGGUCUUUCUUUGUAUGUGAGUAACAUUGGUAGUGGGUCAUUCAUUGGUCUUGGUGGGACCGCUGCUGUAUCAGGAUAUGCCGUCGUCUCAUACGAAUUCCAUGGCUUGUUUUCUCUUAUCAUCCUGGGUUUUAUCUUCACUCCGAUUUACAUUUCAUCAGGGGUAACCACCGUUCCCGAGUAUCUUCAGAUCCGGUUUGGAGGUCAAAGGUUACGUCUAGGUCUCGCGGUUGUCUCCAUCAUAUUCAUCGUACUCACAAACCUUUCAGCUGAGAUGUACGCUGGUACAGUCAUCAUCCAGCAGACAUUGGGCUGGAAUCUGUAUCUAUCAGUUGUAUUGAUUCUCGUCAUGACUGGUGUAUAUACUGUGGCUGGAGGCUUGACUGCUGUUAUCUAUACUGAUGCAUUGCAAUCAAUCAUCAUGGUGACUGGUGGAUUGAUCUUGUUUGUAAUAGCCAUCAUCCGAAUCGGAGGGUUUGAAGCUCUCCGUCUCGCCUACAUGACAGCCAUUCCUAACAGUACUCAAUUGAAUCCUAAUACAACAUGUGGAAUACCUGAGGAGAAAGCAUGGCAUAUCUUCCGUUCUGCUGAUGAUGGUGAUCUCCCAUGGCCUGGAGUCGUCUUUGGAAUCUUUCUUCUCUCCAUCCACUACUUCUGCACCAAUCAGGUUUUGGUCCAACGUUCAUUGUCUGCUAGGUCCUUGACACAUACUAAGGCUGGUGCAAUUCUGGCUGCGUCUCUUAAGGUCCUACCUAUGAUUCUUAUGAUCUUUCCCGGUAUGAUCAGCAGAGCAAUGUGGCCAGAUGAAGUAGCUUGCCAGGAUGCCGAGUCUUGCAUGGAGAUAUGUGAUAAUCCAAACGGAUGCUCCAACAUUGCCUACCCUCUGCUUGUGCUUCGCUGGAUGCCAAUAGGUUUGAGAGGUCUGAUGUUGGCGGCCAUGUUAGCUGCUCUCAUGAGUUCAUUGACCUCUGUAUUCAACAGUCUUAGUACUCUGUUCACCAUUGAUAUCUGGACUAAGAUCAGACCUUACUCCACUGAGCUGGAACUUCUUACCGUCGGAAGGUUGUGUACUCUGGUACUAGCCGCUGUGAGUGUCUUAUGGCUCCCACUCAUUGAGGCAUUCGGAUCAGGUGAACUCUUCGUUUAUAUUCAGUCUAUGACGUCAUACCUCUCUCCACCAAUCUUUGCUAUCUAUUCGGCUGGUAUGUUCUGGAGUCGCACCAAUGAACAGGGCGCAUUCUAUGGUCUUAUAUUCGGUGAGGCUGUUGGAAUAACCCGUAUGGUCCUGGACUACUUGUACUCAGCACCAGGGUGUGGUUCCAAGGAUACCAGGCCUCUUAUGAUCAGGAAUUUCCAUUAUCUUCACUUUGCCAUUUUCCUGUACGGUGCCACAGUUCUAGCCGUAGUGGUCAUCAGUCUUAUGACUCCCGCUAUAGAGCCAGCUAAGUUGAUAGGCCUGACAUACUGGUCGAGACACAGCAAGGUUCCUCGAGAACCAAUGUCAGAGGAGGAGAAGCGAAAAGAUGAAGAAAGACAGAAGGUUAAGAAGCAGAAAGAGAUCGAGAACUACAAGGGACGUGCUGAGAAUCCAUCAGUUAGUCGUCGAGCUUGGAACAUCGCUUGUGGUAUCACGAAUGCACCACCAGCACCGGAGCUUACUGAAGAAGAAAAGGCAGAAGAGUUCAGAAAGCUGACGUCACUAGAUGAGGAUCCAUUCUGGUCACGUAUUGUUAACGUCGGGCUGUUUGUCUGCAUGGCAUUCGGUGUCUUCGUUACAGCCUACUUUGCCUGAUUUAUUCACAGGUCAUGGAUCGCAUAGUAGUCGUCUGUAUAUUCUCCUCCUCUUCUUCCUCCUCCUUCCCUUCUCUUCCUUCCUUGUCUCCUUCUUCACUUCUUCUUCUUCUUCUUCUUCUUCUUCUUCUUCUUCUUCUUCUCCUUCUUCUUCUCCUUCUCGUUUUUUUCCUUGCAAUCGGGUACUGUAACAGUAAAUAUCUUUCAUUAAUCAGGUUAAUUAGACAAGUUAUGGGGAUUCAUAACGGGCUACAAUAAAAAGUCCUUAAAAAGUGGUAGGCUUACAUACAUGUAUAAGAUAAGCAACGAGAAAAGAAAUAUCAACUUGUGUAUUUGAAUAUAGAAUCUGUUUUUCUGUUCGUCCAGUAAUCUAAAAAAAAAAAAGAGAAGAAGGCGGCAACAUCUACCUUCUUUAAUAAAAACUAAGAGAAAGUGAUAAGAUUUGUAUCCUAACCCUUCCCAAAUAGUAUACUUUUAUCUUACGCGCACGAUGGGACUGGAUAUUUCGGUCGUUGCCUUGGUAACUUAGCCUUAACAUUAUUUUACAUAAUUCCUUCCAUAUCGUGCAGUUGAUCAACAUGCGCCAAUAUUUGAAUACGUGACAGAGCUCAAGUGGAGUGAGUUAGUGUCAUGAAUUCAGAUAUUGGCAAUGAUUGGUGACAGACAAGAAAAUAUAGAAGGAAUUUUGCAAGUUGAUUAUUAAACAUUUGUUCUUUAUCAGAAUGUACGCGUAUUCAUAUGAAAUCUACGUUUCUUGUGGUAUCUUUCGUAGUUUUUUGUCAAGUUAUGGCCCCCAUUUUAGAAAGAUAGGUAGAAAAGAAAAAGAAAAACAAAAUGACCAAAACAUACAGUGACGAUAGAAUGAUCGUCAAAAACUAUCACUACAGACGAAUAUAAAAUAAGGAGCAACUAUAGAAUAAAAAUAAUGAAAAUUAGGAAUUCAGUUUUGAAACUAAUUUAAAUCAUUUUUUACAAGAAUGUUUAUCAGGUUAGGACUAAAUCAAUAUAUGACAUUAGAUGACGUUAUACUCUAUACACUCCGUAAAAAAUACCAAAAGUAGGUUGAAGCAGGCUGCUUUUAUUU